AUGUCUCCUGCUAUUGCCGCCGGUGCUGGCGCCGCCUCUAAGGAUGUCAAGAAGGAGUCUGCCACUGCUCGUCUCCUUGGUUCCGGCUCUGCCGGUAUCGCCGAGUUGAUGAUCUUCCACCCCGUUGACACCACCGCCAAGCGAUUGAUGAGCAACCAGACUCGGAUCACCAACGCUACCGCUUUCAAGGAGGUCGUCUUCAAGGAGUACGCCAAUGCCUCCGUCGCCCGCAAGUUCACCUCUUUGUUCCCCGGUCUUGGUUACGCCGCGGGUUACAAGGUUCUUCAGCGUAUCUACAAGUACGGUGGUCAGCCUUUCGCACGCGACUACCUCGCUCAGCACCACGGUGCCGACUUCGAUAAGGCCUUUGGCAAGGGUACUGGCAAGGCUAUUAUGCACGCCACUGCUGGAAGUUUGAUCGGUAUUGGAGAGAUCGUCCUCCUCCCCCUCGAUGUCCUCAAGAUUAAGCGUCAGACCAACCCCGAGGCCUUCCGUGGCCGUGGCCUUUUCAAGAUUAUCUCUGAUGAGGGUAUGGGUCUCUACCGCGGCGCUGGCUGGACUGCCGCCCGUAACGCCCCUGGCUCUUUCGCUCUCUUCGGUGGUUCCGCCUUUGCCAAGGAGUACAUCUACAGCCUCAGCGACUACAACGCCGCCAGCUGGGGCCAGAACUUCGUCGCCUCCGUCUGCGGUGCCAGUGCUUCCCUGGUUGUCUCCGCUCCCCUAGACGUGAUCAAGACCCGUAUCCAGAACCGCAACUUCGAGAACCCCGAGUCGGGCUUCAAGAUUGUCUCCAAGAUGCUCAAGCACGAGGGUCCCACCAGUUUCUUCAAGGGCUUGACCCCCAAGCUGCUGAUGACUGGUCCCAAGCUGGUCUUCAGCUUCUGGCUGGCACAGACUUUGAUUCCUGCUUUCGGUCAGGUUGUAUAG